AUUGUUGUCAUUUUUCUGUGGCUAGCCCUUAGCGCUAGCCAACCGUUUGAAUUUCUCUCCAACAUACUUUGAUCCAGCAGGAUGUUAGGAUGGAGUGUGGCCCAGCUCUGCCGGACAGCCUGGUGUUGGAGAUCUUCCUGCGUCUGCCGCAUGAUGCCGUGCUGAGAGCUGGUCUGACGUGCAGACAGUGGCUGGCUGUCUCCAGAGAUGAGUUCCUAUGGAGGGAGCUGUUCUACAGCUACUACCGCAUACCACGCUCUGUACCCCGACACCCAGCGGCGGUGUCGUGGUACAGGGAGUUCAGGCGUCUGUUUGACUGCAUCCCCUGUGUGGAGGUCCAGACACUGAGAGAACACACAGACCAAGUCCUCCACCUGGCUUUCUCUCACAGGGGUCACCGCUUCUCCUCCUGCUCCAAAGACUGCACCGUUAAGCUAUGGGACACGGAGCGGUCAGAUGGUAAUAUCUCGCUGGUGCACAGCUCCAGCAUGCGGCAAUUUAACUGGGGUUACACCCAGUUCUCCCAGUUCAAUGCUGAUGACACCCUGCUGCUCGUGUCUGGUGUUUACCUGGGCCCACACCACUCCUCGUCUGGGGAAAUUGCGGUCAUCAGUCUUGAGAAUUACACGCUGCUGUCCCGUGUGAGGAACAAGCCGUACGAUGUGUUCGGCUGCUGGCUGAAUGAGACCCACCUGAUCUCUGGGAACCUGCACUGGAUCGGAAAUAUGACGUCCUGCUCUGUGCUCUGGCUCAAUAAAGCUUUCCAGGAUGUUGAAUCAGAGAACGUCAAUGUGGUCAAGCGCCUUUUCAAGAUUCAGAACGUCAACGCCAGCACCAUCCGCACAGUGAUGGUGGCCCACUGCCGUCGUCAUGACAACCCGGACUUGCUGCUGGACUAUGAGGCUCAGUCCCAGGCUCGGAGGCUGAAAGGGCAGCAGCAGGAACAGCACCAGCCCCUCCUCUUUGACCUGGGAACCUCUGGCAGUGAGGAAGAGGAGGAGGAAGAGGAGGGGGGCCAGGAAGCAAGGCUUCCUACGUGCCGCCUUCCUCAGCCCACCAUCUCAGGGCUGGAGCACAUUUUACAGAGUCGUAAAAAUGUAGGGCAUAUGGAGUUGGCGAUUGAGACCCACGUGGCUAAGAUGAUGGGCAGAGCCCACACAAAGGCCCCUGAUUCCAGCCUAAUCGAGCCCUCUGUGCCUGGGGAGGGAGAGGACAAAACUUACUUACUCUUCACCACCGGCAGCCUUACAUACUCCCCUCACCAGAUAGGUAUUAAACGAAUCAAACCUGACCAGAUGACCACUUGUGGUCCUGUACUCGGGGAAGAGCGAAGUUCUGAUGAGUUUUUUGAUUCCCUAGACCAUGUUAUUGAUAUCCAUGGACACAUCAUUGGUAUGGGCCUUUCUCCAGACCACAGGUACCUUUAUGUGAACAGCCGGGCGUGGCCAGCCGGGUGUGUAAUCUCUGACCCCAUGUCUCCUCCUCCCAUUGCCGAGGAGAUCGACCUGCAUGUCAUCGAUCUGAAGAGUUUGAGGGAGGAGAGAAGGAGCCUGCGCGCUCAUCGAGCCUUCACACCUAAUGACGAGUGCUUCUUCAUCUUCCUGGAUGUCAGCAGAGACUUUGUUGCCAGUGGAGCAGAGGACAAGCACGGCUACAUCUGGGACCGCCACUACAACAUCUGUCUGGCACGGCUUGCGCAUGACGAUGUGGUGAACUCAGUGGCGUUCAGCCCCGCUGACCAGGAGCUGCUGCUGUCAGCCAGCGAUGACUCUACCAUUAAGGUGUGGCGCUCACCACGCAUGGUCCGCCUGGCGCAGGCCCCCGCCCGGCCGCCGAGGCCCCGCGGCCUGCUGUCGUCCUGGCUGAGCCGCAGCAAGAACUCUACGUCUUCCAGCAGUGUGAAUGGAAAACCAUGAGUCAGGUUGGAAAACACUUUCAGGGGGGUGGGGAGAGGAAAGUUUGAUCUUUUUCCUCUGUUGUGUCAAUAUAUAUAUAUAUAUACACACUCCAUGUAUGUGUACAGGGUGGUUACAGUCAGUGGUUUUGCUUGAGCUCACGCUGUUGCGACACACAGCAGGCCUCGGUGUCUUCAGCUAACAGGAGACAGGACGUGAUGAGACUUAAGGUUAGGACACAAGAGAGCGCUGUUGCACCAGCACAGGACAGAAAUCACCACAGACUCUGUUGUGCUGAUGGCGGGAGUGAUGUGUUCUCACAGGUAGAGAUAGUGUAGAGCUGACACCUAAAUGCACAAGACAGACGCCUAAACAUGUUACCCAGGAGAUGAUGUUUGUCUGUUUUUUAUCUGUAAUGUCUGAACAGGUCAGGACUCUUGGACCUGAGGUGUAAAUGUAUGUAAAUGUCUUGCAGAGACAGCACCUAAUGAUCGCGGUCCUGCUCAUCAAAAAACAAAGUGCUGUAACUGAGAAUUACUUAAGAAAUGUCUUUUCUUUUUAAUGUCCAAUUGAUAUCAUGAGUAUAAAGCCCCUUAGAAAUCCUGUUUUCAGAGAAUUAUAAAUUAUUUUAAAACCAAAAGGGAAGACAACAUUUAGCUGCAUUUAUUGCAGACUGCCUUGGUUUUUUAGUUAAUGUCCCAUCCUUUUGUAUUUGUGCCCCAGAUCAUUAUUCUAUUCAAAGUAGAAAUAUUGAGUAAUUUAAUCUAGAAGAGUUGCUGAGGAACAGUUAGCUUGAAGCAUGACUGUAAAAAAAAAAAAAAAAAAAAGUUGUUUGUGUAGUUUAUUGUUAUUUGGGCCUAUAUGAUGUAGAAAUUUAUUUAAACACUUUUAUUCAUUUGUAGCACAAAAGUGUACCCUUUCAUUUUGUUAAAAGACCCUGACACAUCAAGAUGAAUCUCAGAAGACGAUGAUGUCUCCUUUAAAAAAAAUAAUUAAAAAUCGUAAAAAAAGUGGAGUAAACCUCCUGCUGCCUCUACUCAAAAGUCUGAUCAAAACAUCUGUGUUUUAUGUUUUUUUUAGCCCCAACAGUCUUUAUAUGUUUGUGUGUCACUGAUAGACAAAAACAAAACAAAAAGUAAAUCGCAUGAAAAGAACCUUGAUGCUGUCUUUCAGUUGGUGUUUAACCAGCACAACGUUCAGGUACUUUACCUGGUAGAUAUUUAUAUUUCCAUGGAGAUUCCCUCCUGAAGGCGAUGAUUAUGAAAACCAUUUUAAUCAUUAUUGUGGGUUGCCUCGCUACCUUACCGAACUAAACUGGUUGCAUUUGCAUGACAAAUAUUCAGAAAAAACUCCUGUGUGAAUUAGUCAGUGCAUCAGCUACCAACUGAACCACCAACUGAACAAUAUUUUUCAUGUUUUAAAAUGUGUGUAAUAAGUCAUGAACUUUCUCCCUGGUUCCCUUUAACAAAUUUCUUAUCUGUUACUCUUUCUGCAGCUCCACCUUGUUAAUCAUGUUUCCUGUCCUCUGUCAUUUUCAUACUCCCCUGAAAUAAAAAGCAUGCCUUGAAAGGCUAGAAGUCUGCAAAA